AUGUCCAAGUCAUCCAAAGAAAAUGCCAGUACGCUUCCCAAGAGUGUCAAAGUACGCUCUACCUGCAACGCUUGUCAACAAGCCAAGAUUCGCUGCAGCCAUGAGAAACCAACUUGCCGUCGGUGUCAGAAGCAUAAGAUCGAUUGCGUAUACAGCAUGUCUAGGCGAUUGGGACGACCAGCGAAGAAGGGAGAUUCUCAGUCGCGGCUAGAAGAGAGUGGUGCCAGCCCCGUUCGACAGCAGCAAGCGGUGGAUUACCAGGACCUCGAAAGGAAGACGACAAAGGCGACAAGGAGAAAAUGCCACCAAGAAAGCACAGAGACCGGGAUUCAGGCCCCGAAUCGGGCCAUGAAGAGGGUCUCCAAGGGAAUGGGGAACAAAGUGCCUACGUCAAUUGUUUCUGACGACAUUUCCAUGCUGGAUGUCGACAUUGCAUCCGAAGUCUGGCUGCAAGAAUUGAUGUCGACUCAACUCAACGAACCCGUUCUGAAUAACAUUGACACCGGAUACGAUAAUAAUAAUAUCGAUCUUGAUGAUCUCACUGAUCCUUUUAACAACACGAAAUAUCCGGGUCCAUUUGUUGACUAUUCAGGCACGGACCCGUUUCUUUCAUCGAUUAUGACGGUACCUGAACCGGCGACAGUGCAUCCAGUUGCAAGCAACUGUCUUACAGGUUUUGAAGGACUUCAGGACCAGGCAAUAAUAUUAUCAGGAUCUCAAGAUAUGGCUUUCUUCUCUUCAUCUUAUACAUCGAGUGUGGAUUCCAGGCAGCAAAUGCAGUCUCAAUCAGACCUAUCUGCCAUGAGCGGCGUCCCAAGUUCAAGGACAUUGAUGGAUUCAUACAAUCACAAAUCUCCGUUUGAGUCGCCAGAAAAUAGUAUUUACUCUUCAGAAAAUAUAGAUACUGAGUUGGUCCCGGAAACGCCAAAAGGUUGCAGCUGUACACCGGACACCUGGUCAAUAGGAGAGUUGGUCCGAGCUGGGCUGAAGCCGAGUAAGGAUGAGACCAAUAUUGACAGUCUGUUGGCAUACCAAAAAGAGCUUCAACGGCAAGCGGAAUUGGUCCUGCGAUGCAGAGUCUGCUCGAAGACGGAGUCUCGAGCCAACCUGCUCAUGGUCAUCAUUGUGAGCAUUGAUAGCCACCUGACCAUGCUAGAGGCAACUGCAACAUCUGCCAAAUCGUUUCUGCAAGAAGGUCAAGUUCUUUCGAAUUUACAGUGCGGGGCUAGAAAACAGAGAAAUGUCCAAAAUAGUGUUGAUCUUCAUAUGGAAACUUGCCCUUUACUGGUGGGAAACUUUCAAGUUCCGAUUGAAGACAAGACUUGGUUCAUCCGAUGCAUGCUACAGACACGACUAUCUAUGUUGCUAUCCACGAUUCGGCGCAUUCGGGUUUAUACACAAGACUUCUUCACUGCCACGCCUUAUAGGGGUCGAUUGAUGAUGAUAAUGGAGACGGACCGACGGCUGCAGUUGAUUUUAAUGAAGGUCAGAAUGGUGACUGGCCGCUGA